GCUCCACCGUGCGUGCUGCUCCACCGUGCGUGCUGCUCCACCGUGCCUCCUGGACGUGCUGCCCUUUGAUUCCCGUUGCUGGUCAUUGCCUACAGAGUGAACACUGAAGGAACACCAUGGCCUUAGCGGGAUGCCCUGACUACUUCUUACGUCACUCAAACUACCAGGAAAUCAUGGACCGCACUUCCUCUCGCAGACCUGAGGAGCUGAUUGUUCCAGGCUUUCAGCGCUCAGCCAAUCAAACCUUGCCACAUCAUCAUGACGACGAUGUGGACCUGGAGCAGCUGGUGAAUGACAUGAACUCCUCCAUGGAGAGUGUUUACUCUACGCAGGCGGACACGGCGCUGCUCCUGAACAACGGCCACGGGUCCGCUCCACACCACCACCACCACCACAUGCACCCUGCCUACCCGGGACACGGCCAGGCCCAACGUCGUCACACCCCGCCCCUGCCCCAUUCCUCCCCCUCCAGGGGGCACUCUCAGCCCAUGCACAUCCAGGCCGUCAGGUGCCUGCAGGAAGAGCAUCGGCUGCGUCCAGCCUCCCUGCCUGCCAUCCCCAACCCUUUCCCUGAGCUCUGCAGCCCGGCAGGCUCUCCCGUCCUCAGCCCCAUACAGAUCUCCGACAACCACAUAGUGAAGGUGUGGAGCGAGGAUGGAGCUGGUAAAGUGCUGGAGAUCCCUGCAGACAUGACGGCCAGAGAUGUGUGCCAGCUCCUGGUCUACAAGAGCCACUGUCUAGACGACAACGCCUGGACACUGGUGGAGCACCACCCCAUCCUUGGCCUUGAGAGAUGUCUGGAGGACCACGAGCUGGUGGUUCAGGUUCAAACCUCCAUGAGCAGCGACAGUAAAUUCCUCUUCAGGAAGAAUUAUGCCAAAUAUGAAUUCUUCAGGAACCCCCUGAACUUUUUUCCAGAGCAGAUGGUGGCGUGGUGUCAGGACUCUGAUGGCUCAAUCCCUCAGUCACAGCUCUUGCAGAACUUUCUGAACUCCAGCAGCUGUCCAGAGAUCCAGGGCUAUCUGUACGUGAAGGAGCCCGGACGCAGGUCCUGGAAGAAACUCUACAUGUUCCUGCGACGCUCCGGGCUCUACUACUCGACUAAAGGAACAUCCAAGGAGCCCCGACACCUGCAGCUGCUGUCGGAUCUGGAGGACAGUAACAUCUUCACCAUCAUCUCGGGCAGAAAACUCCACAACGCUCCCACAGAAUACCAGUUCUGCAUCAAGCCCAGCAAAGUGAGGAGUGACUGUAAGGAGCUGAAGAUGCUGUGUGCGGAGGACGAACAGAGCAGGACCUGCUGGAUGACUGCCUUCAGACUGCUCAAAUAUGGGAUAGUACUGCAUCAGAGCUACAACGUUCCCCAGCUGAGGAAGUCCAACCUCUCGCCUUUCUCAGCACCUGUGCGGAGUGUAUCUGAGAAUUCCCUGGUCGCCAUGGACUUCUCCGGGCGGACGGGGCGCGUCAUCGACAACCCCGUCGAGGCCCAGAGUGCCGCCCUGGAGGAGGGACAGACCUGGAGGAAACGGAGCCAGCGCAUGAAUGUCCUGGGCAGUCACAGCCCCCUGCACCCGUCCUCUCUGAGCACAGUGAUCCACAGGACACAGGUAUGGUUUCAUGGUCACAUCCUGAGAGAGGAAGCUCACAAAAUGAUCAUUCAACAAGGCCAAGUAGACGGGUUAUUCCUGUUGCGGGACAGUCAGAGUAAUCCCAAGGCAUUCGUGCUCACCUUGUGCCACCACCAGAAGAUCAAGCACUUCCAGAUCCUACCGUGUGAGGAGGACGGUCAGGUGUUCUUCAGCCUCGACGACGGCGCCACCAAGUUCACCGAUUUGAUCCACCUGGUGGAGUUUUACCAGCUCAACAGAGGAGUGCUGCCCUGCAAGCUCAAACACCCCUGCACCGCCGUGGCCUUGUGACACUCCACACCCCCAACACCUCCAACCCCCUUUUUUUGCACACCUCUCUCACCCUGAGAUCCCGUCCCCCCCGUCUGCCCCUUCCUCGCCAACGAAGGUGAGGGGAUAGAGAAAAGUGAAGUCAAGUUUUUGGGGAUGUGAACAACUCGGCCUUACCGCUGUUUGUAGCGUUGCAGAUUGUGGACCAGCAGUCGCCCAACUCCUGCGAUGUCGUGGAGACCCUGAAGAGUACGUUGUGAAAACACAAGUCGCCGAAUUGCUGCGGGUUUCCCGGAUGGAUCCCUCCCUCACCCUUUGAACCCCCCCCAAACCUCCCUCAUCCUCCAGGCCUGAUAAGCUGUGGUGCCCGCCCAACCAUCCUUCGCUACCGAGGUGGGCGGGGAGCGCCACCCUCUCACUUCCUCAUCAAUCAUCAGGGAUGGACGGGAACCUCUCUGGGUCUUAUCGAACUCGAUCCAGGAGUUUUCUCAAUCUGUGCAGUCCAGUCUGGAUAAGCUGACACCACGCCUCCCCCCCAACACCUGAGCGGACUCGAUGCGGCCUCUCUUCUGUGUCCUGUCCCACAAUCCCCUUUGUGCAACCCCCGAUCCCGCCUCGCCUCCUCCACAGAAGCUCCGAGGAAAAGUCGGGAGAGAAGUAGCUAAAGGCGAGAUGAGCAGAGCAGUGGCGAGGGUUUGCUGGACAGAGGAAUGUUUAUCAGGAAGGCUGAAACAAGCCUCUCUUGUAGAGUUGAUUACUUGAUGUCAUUUUAAUGCUGUUUUAUUACUGUUGAUUCAAUGCAGAACUAGUUUUGCACUCCCGGGCGGACAGACGACAGCUGUUCUCUCUAGCUAAAUGAAGCUGUCUGCUCUCCGUCCGUCCUCCCCCCCCCCCCACUUCUGAAAAGCAUGCAUGUGAAUUUCCACCAGUUCUGAUUGGAUUACAGUGGCGUGGGAGCAAAGACUGAGUUAGGGCUGAUUAUGCAGUGCCUUUCAGGAAGGUUUGGGGACAUCUUGGACCUCCGUGUGGCUUGAACCAACAUGCUUUGAUAAAAACAAAAACAAAUGUGUGUCUCGAGACCAUGAGGAAGAGGAGGAAGACUGUUAAAAAGACUGCUGAAAAGUGUGUCCACCCCCAAGCUUCUACCGUUUUAGUUUGUUUUUUUAAUCGAAAGGGUUAAAUCUGUUGGUGAAUUUGU